GCUGCCGCGAGGGAAGCCCGCGGGCUCGCUGGGCGCCGCCAUCUUGCUGGCGUGCGGGCAGCGGGGCCAAGAGGGCGUGCUGGAGACCGGCCAGACGAGCGCGCACGCCACCGCCAGCGCGCCGCUGCAGGAGCGGGAAAGGCAGCCAGGGGCCGGGUUCAGGCUGGGGAGGGAGGCGGGGCCUGGCGGCGGGGCGGGGCUGGGGGCCGAGGCGGCGGCCCGGGUCGCGGAGGAGUGGGAGGCCUCGGGGCGGGAGGAGGCGGAGCCGGGGGCCCCGGCCGGGGCGGCACCGGCGGCUGCGGCUCGGGCUCCGCGGGUACUCUUGCGCCUGGCUGCCCGCCGCGAGCCCGGCGCGCGUGGUCCAUGGUAGGGUUUAGGCUUCCUCCACAAGAAGCGAAGUGGGUCGCGGAAGGCGCGCUGCGGCUGUGCUGAGAUCUUGGGCCGAGAUGAGUUCCGAGAUGCUUCUCGCAUCACCCCCAUCGCUUGGCUCAGACCCUUACCAGCCGCAAAACUUGAGGUUUUUCUGCCUUACGACGUGCCCACCUACACGCUUCUCGGUUCCUUGGCAACGCGCGACGGGGCGUGGCCUCACAGAGACCACACGGAAGGAGCCCCAGGUGGUUGUUUCAGAACAGUCUUGUACAAAGAACUUCAUUUUUUUACUUCCACCAGCCCAGGCUUGCCCCUCCCCCUGGCACAGUCUUCCUGUGAUGAAUCCUCUCCGUUUUUUGUGCUUGAAGAAGAACCAGGAAACUGAACCAUUUCCUGGAGUGUGAGUGCUUUGCAAGGACUCGGCUUAAGGCAGUGUUGGGGAAUUCCACUUCAUUUCUUCCUGAUGCUCAGAGCUCCUUCAGGCACCCCGUAGGAAGCCAUCCAUAGCCAUGGCAAGCCCAAGACACCCAGUAUCAGCCCAUGCUGUAGCCCUGGUGCAGAUGGAACGACUCCAGACAUUUGCCUUCUCUGUGUGCUGGUCAGACAACAGUGACACGUUUGCUCGCAGGAGCUGGGAUGAGUUUAGGCAGCUCCAGAGACUAACACAUGUGUCUCCCCAUCAGAAGACCCUUAAGAAAAUGUUCCCAGUGGAGGCAGGCCUGCUACGGAGAUCUGAACGAGUUCUUCCCAAGCUUCCUGAUGCCCCAUUGCUGACACGCCGGGGACAUACUGGCCGAGGCCUUGUACGUUUGCGGCUGCUGGACACUUAUGUACAGGCAUUGCUGGCAACCUCAGAACACAUAUUGAGGAAUUCAGCACUCAACAGCUUCUUUGCACCCAAACCUCUGGAUCUGGAGCCUCUGCUGCCUGCUGGCAGCCUGGUGAUCCUGCCCACACCAGAGGAGCCCUUAGCCCAACCCACAGGCAGCCUUGCCAUUCACAGCCUGGAGGCUCAGAGCAUGCGCAGUGUACAGCCUUUCCACACUCUUGACACAAGAGACAGACCUUUCCACACUCAGGCUCAAGAAAUUCUGGACAUAUUACUACGACAUCCUUCAGGCUGGUGGCUGGUGGAGAACAAGGAUCAGCAGAUAGCCUGGUUUCCAGCUCCCUACCUGGAGGAGGUAGCAAAGGGCCAAGGCCAGGAGUCAGGCCUGGCUUGGCAAGCCAGUGUGACCCCCCAAAUACCUAUCCCAGGGAGGCAGUUCUGUGCUACCCAGGCCUAUGACGGCAGCCGCCCUGAUGAGCUAUCUGUGCCCUCAGGGGCAUGUGUAAAUGUGCUGGAAAUCUCAGACCGAGGCUGGUGGCUAUGCAGGUAUAAGGGUCGGACAGGCCUACUCCCUGCAGUGUUGCUGAAACCUGAAGGGCUGGGCUCCCUCCUGGGCAGGCCAGGGCUCCCAGACAGCAGUGGGGCAGAUGAGGUGGCUGAGGACAGGACCAUUCCCCCUGUAGUGCCGACUCGUCCCUGUAUGAGUGCCAUCCAGAGCAGAUGCUGCUCCAUCACCCGCAGGGCACUGGAACAGGAACAAGGGGCCCGGGUUCCCCCUUGAGGAUUGUAUUGCCCCGCAGAGAGGUUAUACUGUCAAAACCCUGAUCCAGACCUCCCUAAAAAAGCAGGAUGAGGGAUGGGCUCUAUGGCUGGCAGGGCCAUGGGCCAGCCAACUUUCUAGUUCCUCUAAAUAAAACUGGAAUGAUUUCACCCAAA